AUGUGUUUUUCUUUUUAUUCGUUUUUUCUUUCUUUCUUUGUUUCCCUAGAUAUUGAUGAAUGUGCCCUGGGGAUCGAUGCAUGCAAGGGUCAAUCAGAAUGCGUUAAUCUGCCCGGUUGGUAUUACUGUCGAUGCAAACCUGGUUUUGAAAGUUUUUGGCAUGAACAGCCUUUAUAUGGCCUGCAAUGCGGAGGUAAGAACACGAGCUUUUAUCUAUUCUUCUUAAUCUAUCCACAUAUACCAGACCAACCAUAUCUAUCUAUCUAUCUAUCAAUCUAUCUAUCUGUCUGUCUGUCUAUCUAUCUAUCUCUAUCUAUCUGUUCAAAACUAUCUAAACUUUUAAUUUCUUUCUUUCUAUCUAUCUAUCUAUCUAUCUAUCUAUCUAUCUGUCUGUCUAUCUAUCUAUCUCUAUGUCUCUCUCUCUGUCUCUGUGUGUCUAUCUAUCUCAACUUUUCAUUUCUUUCUUUCUUUCUUCCUUUCUAUCUAUCUAUCUAUCUAUCUAUCUAUCUAUCUAUCUAUCUAUCUAAAUCUAUCUAUUUUUCUAUCUAUCUAUCUAUCUAUCUAUCUAUCUAUCUACUUCAGUCUGUUCGGAUAUAUCUCAAUCUUUUGAUUUCUUUCUAUCUAUCUAUCUAUCUAUCUAUCUAUCUAUCUAUCUAUCUAUCUAUCCUAUUCUCUUCAUAUAUAUCAAUCUAUCCCAUUCUGUUCAUAUCUAUCUAUCUAUCUAUCUAUCUAUCUAUCUAUCUAUCUAUCUACGACUGUUCAUAUAUUUCUCAAUAUCUUUAG